UUGAACUUCAUGAUGUGUUUGAAUCGGCGACGUUUAUCUUUUUAGUAUUUGAAUUGUGUAAAAAUGGAGAACUGUUUGAUUAUCUGACGAAUGUGGUAGCACUUUCAGAAAAAAAGACAAAGGCCAUUAUGAAGCAGCUUUUGGAAGUAGUAGAUUUUAUACACUCUAAAAAUAUAGUUCAUCGAGAUCUUAAGCCGGAAAACAUUCUCUUGGAUGAUGACUUCAACAUCAAGCUUACGGACUUUGGGUUUGCCAAGGCAAUAAAACCUCAGGAGGGUCAGUUUGAGCUGUGUGGAACACCAGGUUAUCUGGCUCCUGAACUACUUAAGGCUUCGAUGUAUGAGGACGCAGAAGGCUACAAUAAAGAAGUAGACAUAUGGGCGUGUGGUGUCAUCAUGUACACCCUGUAAGUAUUAUGUUACAGGUUCUGGCACCGGAAGCAAAUGGUUAUGUUGAGGAACAUAAUGGAAGGAAAUUAUGAAUUCUGUAGUCCAGAAUGGGAUGAUAUAACAGAGCUCCCGAAAGAUCUAAUAAGAAAGAUGUUGGUUGUAACUCCUGAAAAGAGGUUAACAGCAUCAGAAGCUUUGAAACAUGAAUUCUUCCAGAUAGUAUUUGGAAUGCUGUGUGUACGAGCUAUGGUUCGUCUCAAGAGACUGAAGUUUACCCCCGAACCACUGUCUGUUGAUGUAGCAUGUAGCGACCCCUAUAGGAUUAAAACACUGAGAAAGGUUAUUGAUGGCUGUGCUUUUCGGGUGUACUGUCACUGGGUAAAGAGAGGUGAAGCCCAGAAUCGUGCAGCACUCUUUGAAAACCAUCCAAAAACAGAACUGAAACAGAUUUAUAAAAAUGCAUUGAAAUUUUCCAUGACAUAGUAAUGCCUCUAAUUUAGGUAUUCAAUAUAAUGACACGGUAAUUUAUCUGAUCUAGGUAUUCAAACUGCCAAGAAAAACUAAUAUGUGAUUGUGAGUAGACCCCACAGGACUCUCAGGAGAUAGAAAUUUUAACGUCCAAAGAUGGAGAUAGUGUAAAUAGUUUUGUUGUUUACUAGCAUGACGAAAUCUAGGCACUGUAUCUUUUCAUAAACUUUUAAUUUAUUGUAGUGUGUUAUUUUAGCAGGGAUGAUAAUUUUAUAGAGAUUUACAAAUCUGUGUUGUUAUUGUUUUUUUUAGGUGGGAAGCUGCUAAGAUACUUUUUGAGAUUAUUGUAAUUUUACAGAAAAUUUUAAUACGAUAACAUCUCUCUCUCUCUCUCUUUUAAAUUAAUCACGACUUGUUAUCAAAGGCUGAAAUUAAAUUGAAAAGCAAGAAAAAGCAACAACAAACGUUUUUGUUGUUUUCUUUUUGUGAAUCAAAUAAAAAAAAAACCUAAUAGUUGAAAUAACUUAUUUUUGUAACAAAGUAAUAUUUUGUUGCUGUUGCCAUAAAUAGGGCUGAUAGUUGUUGUGUUCAAUUUGACGAUCCUAGCAAAGGUUUUUUUAAACAAGAAAAUCUCAAACUUUCAAAUUCAGUGGGUAUAUUAUAUGCUUGGUCCCUUACGUAUAACCUUUGUGAAUUACAUACAGAAUAUGUUUGCAUAAAAUCAGUCAAUUAUUUUAUCAUACUUAGAGAAUGUGCCGCUAUCGUUUACUUCCGUAAAAUUCUCUUUUGGAACUUCGAGAAUUGGAAGCCAGGGGGUUUUAAUUUUUAUACUAUAACCGUUAAUAUACCAUCUCUAGUUUAUUGUUUUUAUCCCUGAAAAGAAAAAAAAAGUGUUACCUUUAUGAUUGAAUCUUUUCUGUGACAUUAUAACUUUUUUGAUUAUUGAAGUGUUUUCAAAAAUAUUGUGUAUGAUAUGUAGAAAUGAACAAGUUAUUAGUAUUAAUUCCCAGUCAGAGCAAGCUACUUACUUAGAGUAAAUCAACCUGGUAAUGAGUACAGCUAAUUAAAUAUACCUUUCUCACAAUGUUUCGUCAGUUUGAUAUUGUUGCUGUUGAUGAUAUUUUCGGCCAUAAACCCAAUAUCAUCUCACGAGAUUGAAGUUAGUCCUAAGUACUUAUAUUGAGCUAACAAUGCAAAACAACCUCUGUGAUAAAAGUAGUAAAAUUAGAUAUAUUAAAUAUUCUAACCAAUACUGUUAACGGAAGUAACAGUACAGAAAUAUUAGAAUAUAACUUACUUAUACUAAGUGUAUUGAUUAUUUAUCUGAUGUUACUGUUUGGACUUUUCAUAUUGGAAAAUAAACAAACCUGAUUUUUCUGUUAGACAAAAAACAAUUAAUUAUAUAUCCAAGGUUAAUUAGCAAACGUACACUGGCUUCUUUCUCCCCCGCGGUUAUUUGUUUCUAUGUUUUCUCUUUCUUGCUUUAGAUAAAUUCUGUAGUAGAACAUUAAUCUUCAUGCUCUUGUGUUUAUACCUGAUGUCUUGUAGAUUCUUGUUUAUGUUGGACUGUUGAUGUCUACAGAAACUUUUCUUCUGUUUUAUUUAAUAAUAGUUAGGUGUUAUUACAUUGAAUAUAGCUAUGAUGUAUAAAUGUUAAUAAAUUGUCUAUAGAACUCCUGUUAAGAUGUGUGUGUAACCUGUAUGCAUUUUUAUUUUAGAAAUUUAGGCUGUAAAAUGGUAGAAGUGGUUCAAAAUAAAUUGAUGGAAAACAAUGGGUUAAAGGAUUGACAAAAAAUGGUCUUGCCAUACAUAAUCGCCAUUUGCUCGAAGUCACGAACUAACUGACGACACCGAAGAUCGAAAUAUCUACUGGAAGAACUCAAAAUCAAACAAACUAUUUUGGAAACUCUGAAAGUCCCACGUUAUAUGAAACUGGUGAUAGUGUAGUAAAACAUUUACUUGAUAUAUGUUACAGAAGAACUUAACUGUACUUAUGAAAUAUAAUCUUCAAAAAUAGUCUUAACGACAUGUAGUAAAUCAUUACAAAAAAUGGUUGUACAUAAGAUCGUUUCUUUAAUGAUAUGUUUUCAACAUCAACUGCUUUCUUCCAGAAAUCAUGGUGGAACAUUGUACUUUGUGUAGAUGGGUGUAUUACAUUUUUAGACAAUCAUAAGUAUUCUAUUUAUUUAUUUAUUUAAAUAACUUAAAUUUAUAUGAUUGUAAUGAUAUGCUGUAUUUGGAAGAGUGAGUUUAUGUUUAAUAACUGCAUUGAAAAACAAAAGAACUCUGAGAUUCCUGUACUGAUGUGGACAGGGUGGGUCCAUUAAACUGUUAUAAAUGUAGUUGUACUCGGGGUAUGUCUGACUAGGACUGCUAGAUAUUGUAGUGCAAGCUGAUGGUCAGGUGAACAAUAAAAUCAUUUUAUCCAUCAUUGCACAACCUCUAGAACCUUCAAAAUGCAUACCUACAGUUUUUAAAGUAUCUGGUAGUUAAUCUCUUCUCCCACAAAUUGUCAAUGUAGGGAAAUCAAAUAUCUAGUACCAUAUUCAAUGGUACUCUGUAAAAGGUUAUGGCACGUGUACUUUGACCCCCACCCAUGCACAUAGGGCUAAAAACAAAAUAAUUCAGAAGUUCCAUCCGUUGAUGUGGCAGUGCCUUAUGAAUUGUUACAUUAAUCCCUUUCAUGGCAGGCUAUUUGUGGAAAUGAGCUAAAAAAAUGUUUUUUUGAUUUAAUUUUUUAAUCGUAUAUUUUUGUAUAUUAAAAAAAACAAGUU